AUGAACAUCGACUGGCUCCUGGACGGGGGGUACCUGCCGCACGCGGUGAUCCGGGUAGGGAUCCGGCGGCAGCUAGCGCAGCGGCUGGCGGAGAUCGCGCCGGCGGCCUCGGCCAGGGCCGGUGCGAGCCCGCGCGAGGCCGCGUACGAGCGCAAGGCGGCGUUCGUGGCGGGGCUGCGGGCGCGCCCCGUCGCCGAGCACACCGCGGCCGCCAACGCGCAGCACUACGAGGUGGCGGCGGGCGCGCUGCGGGGCAUGCUCGGGCCGCGCAUGAAGUACUCGUGCUGCCUGUACUCGGGCGUGGGCGAGGACAGCCUCGAGCGCGCCGAGGCCGCCAUGCUGCGCCUGUACGUCGAGCGCGCCGGCCUGCGCGACGGCAUGCGCAUCCUGGAUCUCGGCUGCGGCUGGGGCUCCGCCGCCCUGUACCUCGCCGCCGCGUUCCCCCGCUCCCAGAUCACGGCCUUCUCCAAUUCGCGCUCCCAGAAGGCGCACAUCGACGCCGAGGCCGCCGCCGCCGGCCUCGCGAACGUGACCGUCGUCACCGGCGACGUCGUCGACUACGAGUUCGAGCCCGAGAGCUUCGACCGCGUCGUUUCUAUCGAACUAUUCGAGCACAUGAAAAACUACGAGCUGCUCAUGGCGAAAAUCGCGAGAGCCCUGAAGCCAGGCGGCGAGCUGUUCGUGCAUAUCUUCGCCCACAAGGAUACCCCGUAUGACUAUGAAGAAGGAUGGAUGACGACGCACUUCUUCACCGGUGGCACUAUGCCAUCGGCAGAUCUGCUGUUAUACUUCCAGAGAGACCUUCGCAUAAAGCAGCAGUGGUGGGUGAACGGCAACCACUACUCAAAGACGUGCGAGCAUUGGCUUUCCAAUUUGAUAGCCAACAAGAAGCAGAUAUGGCCUUAUCUAGUGGAGACGUACGGCGAGCAGGACGCGAGCGUAUGGUACAAUCGAUGGCAGGUCUUCUACAUGGCUUGCUCGGAAUUGUUCGCCUACGAGGGUGGGGACACCUGGGGAGUUGCCCACUAUCUAUUUGAGAAGCCGAAGUCGUCGACAGAAACAGUCAAGCAGUAG